ACGUUUGUUAGGUAUCAAAUUACUUUUAAAAAAAGAGAGAGAGUUUUUUUUUUUUUUUGGACAUGUCCAAGUUUAUCUGAGGGGAACUGACUAUAUACAGCCACUAAAAGUCAUCCCAAGACCAAGCAAAUAAAAGUACUUGCAAAAAUGUUUUUAGUUUUUUGGUUUGUUAGAUGCUGUUGGUUUAAUAAUUUGUUUCUACUACUGCAUUUUAAACUGUGACUAAAGUGUCCAAGUACUAUUGGGGGCCACAGUAGAUCCAUGAAAUCCAAGAUCUUGUCCUAAUGCUCUCUCUCUCUCUCUCUCUCUCUCUCUCUCUGGUGAUUUAUUUGCCUCAGUUCUAAUAUUUGUCAGCACUGUGUUUUCUUCUCCUUGUCUAAAUGUCAUCCCUUCUUCGAAGACAAUAUGGAGAGAGAGAAAAAGAGGGAGCAGGGCAGAGGGAGGAAAGAAAGGGGGAGGGGGGGACACUCGUAAAAAGAGCAACAAAAGUUUGGGAAAAUUAAACAUUAGGUAAGACACGUUCACACAGGCCCAUUUCAGGACAGGUCUGAGCACUUCUCCUGCUGUUCUAUCUAUCAGGUUAUUUAUUGUUACGGCACAUAUUUCUCUGUCAAUUUCCGCUGGCUUUCACGCACAACUCUUUUGUGAGAGUCUCAGGAUUUAAGGUCAACAUUUUCUGAUGCACCCUUCACUGAUACUAGGUAACAGAUGCUCAAGUCACAUGCAUUGACAAAAGGAAUUCCCUCUCUCUUUCUCUCUCUCUCUCUUUCACACACACACAGAUCUGCAGAUGUAUGCAUUUAGAAAGUGAUUUGGCACUAGACUUUUGGUCAGUUGCCCUCUUUUUGACGCACAACACAAAUACAAAUACACAGUUGAGUGUGUUAGCAUUUGUAUAAUCCCACGAGUUGAAGGCACCAUCCUGCGGGACUCAUUAAGCAGAGGUCACAUAUUACGUCCUGAGUAAAUUGGACAAUGAGUGCAAGCUCAUCCCUCAAUGUUAAUGUACUAUGGCCGAAACCUUCACCCCUCCCUUCUCUGAGGUCUCCAACCCUCCCACCCUUUAUCCAUCCUUCCUUUAUAACCCCACAGCCAUCACUUCAUCCACACUUAUCUGUUUUUUUUUUUACCUUUGGAAUUGCUCAUUUUGGUGGACAAAUUGGAUUACUGAAAUGGACACUUUUUCCCCACGUAUACUGAUACAGAUCUGAAGGGAAUGGAAGUGCUUUCUUAGGAUAAUAUAUAUAUAUAUAUUUUUUUUUUUCUUUUUAGUUUACUGAAAAUGAGAUAUCAUAAAGGGAUUCAAAUCAUUUAUCUAUAUAAUUAAUAUAUUUAUUUUUCCUGUCCUGAUUAUUUUACUCAACAAAAGAGAUUUUGAGAUAUAGGAAUUGAUUUUUUUUAUUUUUAUUUUAUUUUUUAUUUUUUUGCUAUGGAGGCAUAAAAUGAACAUCUCUCUGUGUGUGACAAUAAGAUUACAACUUAGAGGCAUUUUAUCAUCAAAACAUAAGUGGAAAUAAUUACAAUCAUCAAGCUGAUGAUACAUUUGGAUAAUUAACAGAUCUGAAACUCCAUUUGAGCGGUUCGUCGACAGGAAUAUUUUGGAUCCUUUUGGACCUCAAAGUGAUAUGAGGGGAACAACCCCAACGUAACAGGCACAACUAUAAGACUGAAAGAAACACAGUUGAACACUAAUUCAGAGACAGACAGGUAGACAGACAGACAGGCAAUCUGAUGCCAACGGUCUCCUCUGUGACUCUCACGGGACGACUCCUCCUGCUGUUGCUAUGGGCACCCCACCUCACCAUGGCAACCAACUGGCUUUCUCUGGCACGUCUGCCACGCUCGCGUCCUGUGUCUGGCGCCGAACCAUGUGGCCGUCUGAGGGGAUUGUCACCGGGCCAAGUUGGGGUGUGCCGGGCACGGGGGGAGGUCAUGGAGUCCGUGCGAAAGGCUGCAGAGAUGGUCAUUGAGGAGUGCCAACAUCAGUUCCGAAACCGGCGUUGGAACUGUUCCACCACUCCUCGUGGGAUCAAUGUGUUUGGACGAGUCAUGAACCAAGGCACCCGUGAGGCAGCUUUUGUCCACGCUCUUUCAUCGGCAGCAGUCGCCGUGGCUGUGACUCGGGGCUGUAGCAGGGGAGAACUGGAGAGGUGCGGCUGUGACCGAAAGGUCAGGGGGGUCAGUCCUGAAGGUUUCCAGUGGUCAGGUUGCUCUGAUAAUCUGUCCUAUGGCGUUGCAUUCUCUCAGACCUUUGUGGACGAGCCAGAGAGAGCUAAAGGCAUGUCGUCAGGGCGACCGCUAAUGAACAUUCACAAUAACGAAGCAGGACGGAAGGCGAUCCUCCAUAACAUGCAGGUGGAGUGUAAGUGUCAUGGUGUUUCGGGGUCCUGUGAGCUCAGAACUUGCUGGAAGGUCAUGCCUCCGUUCCGCCGGGUCGGUGCUGUGCUGAAAGAACGCUUUGAUGGGGCCACAGAGGUACGGCUGACACGUGUGGGCUCUCGCACAGCUCUCCUUCCACGGGACCCCCAAGUGAAGCCACCAGCCACACGGGAUCUUGUCUACUUGGCUUCUUCACCAGAUUUCUGCCGCUUAGAUCCAGACAAUGGCAUUCCUGGUACUGCAGGACGACGUUGUAAUGGAACCUCACGGUUGGCACCAGAUGGAUGUGAACUGUUAUGUUGUGGCCCAGGUUUCCGAGCAGGCCGGGCUGAGGUGGUGCAGCGCUGCUCCUGUAAGUUUUCCUGGUGCUGCUCAGUUCGCUGCCAGCAGUGUAAGAACACAGUGCUCAUACACACCUGCCGAGAAUGAGACAUACCUAGAAGAAACUCACAACUACACCAGAAGCACCUCAUCUCAUGCCAGCCUGCAUUAACGCCCACAUGAAGAAGAACAAAUGAGCUCCAUCCAAAACAUCCUGCAUCAUGCCCUGAAUUUGGUGACUUUAAAGUUCUUUCAAAUGUGAUGUUACAUUACAAUUAUUUUUAUCUUCAAUAGUACUUUUGUUGAAAGGCAAUGUGUUAAUCUGGAACACAGACACCAUUACAUUUCAUAAAUUCUCAAAUACAUCUAAAACACAAAAACUAUUAACUAACUUGCUCAGACAACGCUCUUAAAGCUGAGAUUAACCCCUGAAUAACAGUGGGAGAAUAAUUUUAGUGUAGUCUGUGAGGCCUUAGCAUUAAAUUCUAGUCUAUAGAUGCUCUCUCCCUGUUUACUGUAUUUAUAAUUUCUUUUCGGUUUUGCUGAUUGUGUUUAUUUAUUUAAGUUCAUCAUGCCUGUGUGGCAUUAUCUCUGGAUGGAAAGUUCCACCUGCAAACUCUUCUGCUUCAGCUGUGUUUUGUUUCAGCUUGUCCUAUUGCAUAGAGGCUCAUUUAUUACUAUCGUCUCAUUUUUAUAAUCUAUAUGGCAUUAAAUAAAGUUGUUUGAAAUCUUAAAUGUGGAAAGAGGUUGUGUUUGUUAAUUAUGGAUUGAUACAUUUUAAAUGAGUAAUAUUUCAAGUUUGGGGUUGGUAAGAUUUUUUGAAAGUCGCCCCUUGUACUCACCAAAGCUGCAUUUAUUGGAUUAAAAAUGUGGUAAAAACACAACUUUUCCAUUUUAAUUUUUAAUUUAAAAUGUAUUUUAUUUCUGUGAUGGCAAAGCUGAAUUUUCAGCAUCAGUCUUCAGUGUCACAUGAUCCUUCAGAAAUCAUUCUAAUAUGAUGAUUUGGUGCUCAAGAAACAUUUCUUAUCAAUGUUGAAAGCAGUUGUUCUAAUUAUAUUUUUGUGAAAAGUUACAAACUUGAUUCUUUGAUAAAUAGAAUGUUCAAAAGAACAGCAUUUAUUUGAAAUGUAAAUCUUUUGUAUAAUUCUAAGGCCUUUAGUCUGGGACUAGGCUUAAGCCUUGUCUGCGAAAGUGGGGGUUAAUGUCUUUACUUUCACUUUGAUCAAUUUAUGUAUCCUUGCUGAAUAAAAAAAGUAUUCAUUUCUUAAAAAAACAACAACAAAAAAACAAACAAAAAAACUUGCUGACCCCAAACUUUUGAACAGCAAUGUACAUGUUUUAUGCGUUUGUCUGCUGACACACACACACCACACAAUUCCGUAAUCAUCUAAUAAGCAGGAUACAAAUACAGCCGUGUCAGUCGCACCAAUUUUAUUACAAAUAUAGUGAGAUUCCAAACACCGCAGAACUUGACUAAGAAAAGGCCACAUUUUAAACUGUCAUCAUCAUGUUAUCCUCCUCCUUUUUACUCACACGACUAUUAAGAUCGGUUAUUCAAAAUAUUACAUUUCAAAUAGUUAUUUUAUUAAUAAAUCACAAUCAAAUGGUACUCUAGCAAAAAAUAAAAAAAAAUAAAAAAGUCAUUAAAAAAAAACUCAAGUUUCAAAAUGUGUCACCACUAAAUUCAUUCACCCAAGAAAAAAAAAAACAGUAAUACAUUUAAUACAUACUCAAAAAGAGAAAAAAGCAAAAAAUAAAAUUCAGUUUUCUAAAUGGCCAGCAGAAGGCACUGCAUGGCUCAAGAGUGAAUGCACUUAAGAGAGAUUCUAGGAGCAUGAACCAUAGAAGAAGAGAACAGUCUGGCUCAUACAGGAAGAAACAAAUGCUUGUGAACUAAGAAUUCAUUGGCUCCCACAUAAAGUCCCAACCUCUCUUAUAAACCAUAUAACACGUUACUCAGGAGGGGAUGUGGCCAUAGUGUGAGAUUUCUAUGGCCAUAACACUCUGAUCCAACAUUAAAACUGUUUUUAAUAAUUAAAAUAUCUAAAAUUGUUACGGUUUAUUUUUGUAUAUGUUCAAUGCCAUUGUCAGUGAUUAGAGCUAAUUAUAUGCCCAAACCAAUAACGCAAGCUUGCUUUUGUGCCAGAUCCAGUCCAGUAUGUACAAACAACAGUAAGUGACCACAUAUAAGACAAAACCUGCCUUGAGGUGUCGUGUGAGUCCAGCAUCUAGAACUGGCAAAAACGCAACAUUAAAAACUGAAAACGGACCCUAUAACAACACUAAAAGGCAAAUUUGUCAAGAAUCGCUUUUUGUGCCCAUGGCAAUUUUGCAAUGUAGCGAAAAUGCUCAACUGAAGAGAUUCAAGGAAGCUGAAAUCAGCUUACUGCACGCACACUAUCCACAGGUUACAGAGCAAAUAGCUGAGCCCUGCAGAAGCACUCAUCAGAGCAGUCAGCAUGUUCGGCUUUACACUUUAUGAAAUGUGCUGUUUUUAGACAUUGUGUGCUAACCACCCUUGUGCAGCUUAGAGCAAAGCAUGUGUUAGAGACAAACCUGGCAUUUGUCCAGCGAAAGCAUUUCAAAUCAGUCAUUUUUGUUGGUGAUCAGAAACCUGAAGCAUUUAAUCUCAUGUAUUUGUGCCACUGUCACACAUUUUUUUGGAUCGAUUACAUGUAACUGACACUUAAAGCAUUAAAGUGUAUCUAUAUGUUGUUCUAUAGGCAUCACAUGCGCCUUUAUCUUUUUUUUUUUUUUUUUUUUUUUUUUUUUUUAAA